CUCAUCGCCCCUACAAAAGGUCCACAUAGCCUUUGACACGCUGCUAGAUUCCAGUGUCAGUUCUUACCCUUCCAUCUCUCCUCCAGAACUGUCUACAUCAAACUCUCAAAGAGUCCGCCAGCAACUUGCUUCAUUUUCCUGAUACGAGACCAUCUCCAUACAACACACAAAAGGUAAGCAAGAAUACGCGAGCACCCAAGCUGCCUCCCCCACGUCCCCCUACCCCGCUACCCCUCCUGUUUGUCCUGUUUGACUGACCACGAAUAAAGACUGCACAAUGGCAUCCGCUCUCAGACUCGGUAGCACCGCUCCCAACUUCAAGGCCGAGACCACCAAAGGCCCCAUUGACUUCCACGAGUUCAUUGGCGACAACUGGGUCGUUCUCUUCUCUCACCCCGAGGAUUACACGCCCGUCUGCACCACCGAGUUGGGCGCCUUCGCGAAGCUCGAGCCCGAGUUCACCAAGCGUGGCGUGAAGCUCAUCGGCCUCUCGGCCAACACCAUCGACAGCCAUGAGGGCUGGAUCAAGGACAUUGACGAGAUCUCGGGCAGCAAGCUCAACUUCCCCAUCAUUGGCGACAAGGAGCGCAAGGUCGCUUUGGCAUACGACAUGAUCGACCACCAAGAUGCCACCAACGUCGACUCCAAGGGCAUUGCCUUCACCAUCCGCUCCGUCUUCAUCAUCGACCCCAAGAAGACCAUCCGCCUCAUCCUCUCGUACCCCGCCUCCACUGGGCGCAACACCGCCGAGGUGCUCCGUGUUGUGGACUCGCUGCAGACUGGUGACAAGCACCGCAUCACCACGCCCAUUAACUGGGUGCCCGGAGACGAUGUCAUUGUCCACCCCUCGGUCAAGAACGAGGAAGCCAAGGAGCUCUUCCCAGACUUCAAGAUUGUGAAGCCAUACCUGCGAUUCACCCCUUUGCCCAAGGAGAAGACUAGCGCCUCCGCAUAAGCGGGAAAAGGUGCGAGUGGUGGCGGUAACGGACUUCGGGAUGCGGCGGAAAACGUGGCAAGCCG